AUGGCCGAUAAACCUCCGCUGGUGACAAUAUCCACGGAACAGAGCCGAGCUAUAUUCAGUAUAGUUGUGCCAUUAAACAUUAUAUCAAUAUGUUUCUGUUUAAUAGCCGUGAGCGUGUAUUUUCUCAUCAGACACCAAUACAGUUCACUGGCAGAUAGAGUGUCAUUCAGGCUGAGUACUGCUAUUACCAUAUCAGACAUUAUGUACUCAAUAUUUCAGAUAACGAGUUUGAUGGCUACUACUCCAGGUCCACUUUGUUCGUUUACGGUAUGGGGAUGGGUGUUCUCUAGUCUACUGUCGAUAUUCCUUACCAAUUGCAUUGCCAUCAAUCUACUAGCUGUGUUCGUACAUGAGUAUAGAGGAAGACAUAAUUUGGAAAGAUAUUACUUGCCGUGUUCUUUUCUUUUGGCACUUGUACUGUCUUUGCUACCAGUUUCAAAUAAUAUGUAUGGGUGGGACGAGCCAGAAUCUGUAUGCUGGUAUCGUGGCUCAGGUAGAAAGCGCAAUAUCAUUUGGCAAUGGUCAACUCUCUUUGCAUGGCAACUACUCUCAGUUUUGUAUUGUCUGUUUGUCGUCAUUGCUGUCAUGGUUAAGUUAAAAGAUACCAAAGACGCGUUGGCGAACAAUUCGCAAAAAGCUUCCCAGACCAACCCAUCGGGCAAUAAACUAAGUUUGGCAAUGAAGCAAAAGAAUUUAAUUUUAGUAGUAGUGAGAAAAGUCAUGUGCUAUCCACUUGUGCCAAUUAUUACACAAACACCAAACUUCCUAAUAGAGACGUUGGCAUAUACCAGCCGAAAAGUUAACUACGAAUUGCUUAUGAUGACUUACAUAUGUUCAAGUAUACAAGGUAUACUGGAUGCGCUUGUAUUUUCUCAGGAUGUUGCAGUGGCAAAAAGUCUUAAUAACCUUAGUAUCUAUCUUUGGAAAAAAUACAUAAACCCAUACGAAGAACUAUAUCCACACAAGUCACACAAUAAGGCGGUCGUAUUGAGACGCAAAAGCGUAUUCGAAUCGAAACCACCGGUUACAUCUGAAUCGUAUACAAAAUCAAGCUCAUCGAUCAUCGAAGUAAGAGAGAACCCCAGCUUUUGGGAACGGAUGAGAUACAAUCUGAUUAUCAAAAUUUUCAUGGAGCCAAACAACGAAGCGGCCGAGAUAGGAUGCGAAAAAAGUCCCAAGACAUCACAACAUGAAAUGCAAGCUCUUCAACAAGACAGAUGUGAGACACUCGACACAGAAUGUAGCAACGAUAUAACAGGGGACAAUCACUUGCAGAACGAACCGUCGAUAUCAUCUUUGAAAUCUCCCUCAACUAUAAGUUAUAUUGGUGACAUAUCCAACGAGAAAACCGUAUCUCAACUACAUCCGCAAUCCGCACUAUCGCAUCCUCAAUUCGAGUAUGCUGGUCUACAUCGGCGCUCAGCUUCAACUCCUUGGGACUCUAUUGGAAAUGAAAAUCCAAUGCCAUUGUCCGUAGUAGAAAACUUUGCUCAUAAAGCAUCGCAAUCACUACAUAUCUGGGUACAUAGUGAUAGUGAUGUAACUUCGGUUGAAUCGAGCACAAAUAAUGAGAGAGAACAAAGAGAACUCGAGCUUAUUGUAAAGAAACUGUAA